AUGCCAGAAGUUAUAAAAUUAUCAACCACAGUAAAUAAAAAGUUUGACGAUAUUCUACGCCGUCAUGCUUACAUUAUGAGAUUGAACCAGAACGAAGUUUUAGAACUCUACCAACAAGCCUACCUUGAAAAAGUGGAACACGAGAAACUAGACAAACGCCUAAAUAAGGAACUCCGGGAAAAAGGCCAAGUCAAAUACGACAGCGAAAAAUUAAAAAGCCUUUUAGAGAAGGGAGAAAUAAAUUACUCCGUAAUUUAUGACGACAUUUUAAUUGAUAAUGAGGAGGAAGUUUGA